AUGAAAGUCGUGAAUUUGAUUAGGAUUUUUGAGUUGCAGAAGAUGAAGGAGUCGGAGUCGGUGAAAGAGUACUCUGAUAGACUUCUCAGCAUUACCAUCAAGGUGAAAUUGCUUGGUUCUGUGUUAAAUGAUUCCAGGAUCGUUGAAAAGCUGCUAGUCACUGUUCUAGAGAAGUUUGAAGCUAUCAUUACUACUUUGGAUAUCACCAAAGACCGGUCAAAGAUUUCAUUUACAGAGCUCUUGAACGCUUUACAAGCACAAGAGCAAAGGAGAUCUAUGAAGCAAGAAGGGGUGAUUGAAGGUGCCUUACCUAUUAAGCAUCAAGGCAACCACAAGUAUAAAAACAAGAAAAAUUUCACGAAUAGAGAUUCAUCUGCCAAUUAUCAGAAGACAAAAGGAUGA